AUGGACUGGGAGACUUCAGUCAACUCUUCUGCUCCAGAUUCUUCUUCAGCUCCGUCCUUGUCCCAAUCUUCCCCUUUCUUCUCCUCUUCCUGCUGCAACUCCUCUCGCCCCGUCUUCUCGUCCUCCCCGUUCUCGGUCUCGUCCUUCUCCGGACUCGACCUCCUGUUCAGUCUGAAGAUCCUCUUCAUCCCUCUCUACUCGGCCGUGGUGCUGAUCGCGUGCUCCGGCAACCUCCUGCUGCUGUUCCUCAUCUGGAACAACAAGAAGAGACACAACACGACUAACUUCCUCAUCAGCAACCUGGCGCUGGUCGACCUGGUGAUGUGCGUCUUCUGCGUCCCUCUGACGGCGUCCUACGCCUUCGACCAGCGUGGGUGGGUGUUUGGAUCCUACAUGUGCCACUUUGUCACCGUCAUGCAGUCUGCAGCCGUCUACGCAGCCGUCCUGUCCCUCAUGGCCAUCGCAGUGGACCGCUACGUUGUUGUGGCUUAUCCCAUCCGGAAAAGAGCAGGUUGCCAGUUCUGCUGGGGCCUGGUGCUCCUGAUCUGGCUGGCCUCUCUGGCCUUAUCCACACCUACAGCGCUGCACACCGUGUAUCUGGACCUGAGGGCGGCGGGCCUGCAGAUGGCCGUCUGUGAGGAGUUCUGGGAUGGCCAGGAGCGAAGCCGCCUCAUCUACUCCUGCUUCAUCCUCUUCUUCUCCUACUUCGUCCCACUGGCCGCCGUCUCCAUUUCCUACUGUGCUAUUUCCCGUCAGCUGAAGCGGAGAACCAAGUCGGGUCUGACGGCGUGUCCGGAGCUGAGAUCUGCACGAGCCACCUGGAGCAGACGGAGGAGGAAGACCUUCUGCCUGCUGCUGGUGUCCGUCCUCUGCUUCGCCUUCUCCUGGCUCCCCUUACAGGUGGUGAACCUGAUCCGUGACCUGGACACAGACUUCUCCAUCUUAGGGAAGAACUACAUCAAUGUCAUCCAGGUCUCCAGCCACCUGUUCGCCAUGAGCUCCGCCUGCUACAACCCCUUCAUCUACGCCUCGCUGCACGACAAAUUCCUGUCCUACCUGUGCCACGCCGUCCUGUCCCGGAGGAGAGGGAAGGGAAAAGACGGGGGUCAAGGCUCAAGCAUCCUCACCAUGUCUCACCGGAUGCUGCGCCUGCAAACCUCCACCACCGUGGUGGCAGAUCUACCGGGAGCCGUGAUAAAUAAUCUCUUCCCCCAAGAAAACUAA